GUCCGUGCUGUUGCAAUCUGAGCUCCUGGUUAGCUUUAAACACAGCCAGUCUUUCCUAAUAAUUAAGCAGAAAACCAAGAACAGGAUCCAUAAUACCCAGUACAGCAAACUUAAUCAAAGCUUAGACACUCUUGCCUUUACACACUCCUUUAAUAUGUCUGUAUGUUAGCGAUCAGAGGAUCUCUGUGGGCUUAAAGGAUCCCAAGGCACCGGAUUCAACAGCGGGUGGAUUCUUCCAAAAAUGAAAAACGCAGCCCUGCUUGCACUUAUUUUGCAGGAUGUGUUUUAUCAUUCCUGCAUUAACCACAAUGCUCCUGAAGAGAUGUCGUUGGUGAUCGUACCGCCCAGCACGAGACUCCUUUCCUGUAAAUCCUCUUCAGUUCAGCAGAGCCCAGUCUCUUAGGUACUUUAAGCUGAAAGCAGGGGCUGCCUGCUUGGAUGCGCUUUUUGCAUUUUACAGACGCAGCAAGAUUAACUAGCCCAUCUGCUGAAGCUGAUCUGACCACAGGCAAAAGAACAGGACUGAAAACCGAGGAGGGACGAAACUUCGACUGCCGGCUCCCCAAAGUUCUUUUGUUUUGCACGACCCAUUUAACACUGGCAACAUCAUCACCAACGUCUUCGUCCUGAUGCAAGCCAGCUUCUGGCACACGGUUAACAUCAUUGGAUCUGGCUGUGUCCUCGCCCCGUUCAGCACGAAGGUGGAAGCGCUGCUAAGAUUUUUACUGAGCAACUGCGGGAAGAGACGAGCACCGGACGCCUUGUUAAAAACAGAUACAGAAGAACACAGUUGCGUCGCUUUAAGAAAAGCAGACUCGGGUUUGUUUCUGUAGCUUUGUACCAGGAAUCAUUCCUAAACAAACCACGUGGAAUUCACUCUUCUGUUCGAGUUUUAUGGCUCACUGCUAUUGACACUAACUACCUCUACUGUAGUGAAUGUCAGUAAUGGACAAUAACCUUUUCAAAUGACCUCAUAUUGCCAGAACCAUGUUUAAUAGAGGUUUUGGUACCACUGUGGAAGAACGGUCCUGCGGCCAGUUUAAUUCACCCCAUUUCUAAAUGCAUUUACGUUAUUCGUAGCAAACACAAAAGCCUAUUCGGGCUUUUUUUAAAUGUAAGUAUAGAAAUCAACGGAGCUGUGCCUAGCUCGCCUCCUGAAACGUUUCAGCGUGUGUGUUUUCUUUUGUCUAGCGACAUGGUGGAGUUGUUCGUCGGUAAAGUGUUGGUAAAAAACAACAGGGACCGCGACGAGCUGGACACGGAGCGCGAGGUUCUGCUGCGGCUCCAGAACCGGAUCGUCCUGCUGUUCUUCGGCUCGGGGGACUGCCCCAGGUGCCGGGAGUUCGCGCCCACCCUCAAGGAGUUCUUCGUCCGCCUGACUGACGAAUUCUACGUGGAGCGAGCCGCCCAGCUUGUCCUGCUGUACGUUUCCCUGGACCAGAGCGAAAAGCGACAGAGCAAGUUCCUCAAGGACAUGCCCAAACGGUGGCUUACCCUGCCUUUCGAAGAUCCAUACAAGAAGGAGCUGGCGCUUAUGUUCGAGGUGGCGGAGAUUCCUACGGUGGUGGUGCUGCGACCAGAUUGUACCAUGAUCUCCCCCAACGCGGUGGACGAAAUCAGCCGGCUCGGGCCAGACUGCUUCAAGAACUGGCAGGAAGCGGCCGAGCUCAUCGAUCGCAGCUUCAUGAUGGCCGAAGACUUUGACGACAUGCGUAUGCGCAGCGCCACAGACCCCCUGCGCCGCCUGAAAUACAAGCUGGAGAAGAAGAAGAAGAAGAAGGAGGAGGAGGAGGACUCAAAGGAGGGGGAGGGGUCACAGAAUGGCGAGGGGGAGGGGCAGGAUCCAUGGGGUUGAAGGGGGAGGGGCUUGGUCUGAAUCAAGCAGCCAAUCAGCACUGGCUCUCGCUGAAAGGUAGUUGUAGUGUAAAGAUCUCUGUAAUGGUCCUUUCUAGGCCUGGAUGAACUAACUGGAAGUGAUAACAUAUUAUUAAGAAAAAAUACUUGAUAAGGGUUUUUUUUUACUUCCUCCAGGCUUAUUGCCCCUACCCAAUGGAAGCUUGCCAUCAUGUUCUGGGCAAUUUGCAAAUUACAGGUUGGUUAUCUUUAAUCAACACCUUGAUUAAAUUCAAACUCCGGUAAGACUAAGAUCUGUUCAAGAAGCAGACCACUAUGUAACAUUUUCUACUGAAUGCCCUGCUAGCUCACAGUGCUUUUUAAACAGGAGCUAACAUUCUGAGAGGCUGACUGGACAUGUGUAUAAGAGGAAAGAUGCAACAGGACCUG